AUGGCUUUGAGGAGAUCGACAUGGCUUGAUGGCUACUACUGCAAGGUCCGAUCGAUCGCCAAUGCAAACCCACUAAACCCCAGAUCUGAUCGUGACAUCACAACUUUCCAGCGUGGAUCGAAGUCGAGCCCCUACACUCCUUCUCCAGUCUCCCCUUGGAUUAUAUCUUCACCAUGCCUGCGCUACCCAUCAGUCCACACGCCGAUGUACAAGCGGGUGGCUCAACUGUCCAUCACACCCAGAACACCUUUAAACGCCUUUCGACCUCCAUUGGGCACAAUGCCCCCAUUCAAGCGCAAGGCUAGCGGGCCAGCGGCCGCGCCCUUACAGAAGAGGCAGUGCGCUGCUUUACCUAAUCCUUCCCAGUACAAUGACUCGACAAACGAGAUCAAGUAUGGAAUCGUACUUCGCAAAUACUACCCUCCUGAGAUGACCAAUGACCGAGCCCGUGAAUACAUCUCGGGCAAGAUCGAGCGCCCUAUUGAGGCGCUGAAUAAGGCUAUACAUGAGACCCAGGCCGCGCGGGACAACGUGCCAGUGGGAGACUCUGUAGUGCACUGGUACAAGAACGACCUGCGGACGUUGGACAACAAAUCGCUACAUCUUGCGAGCGAGAAGGCAAAAACGCACGGCAUCCCCCUGAUAUGCGUGUACCUUGUUUCUCCUCAGGACUUUGAGGCACACCUUACCGCACCAGUUCGGGUGGACUUUAUCCUCAGAAAUCUUCAAGUCCUCAGACAGAGUUUGGCUGAGCUCGAUAUCCCUCUGUACGUCGAGACGAUCGAGAAGCGACGGAACUUGCCACCUAGAAUCAUGGAGCUGUGCAGCAGAUGGCGCGCCAACCACAUAUUCUGCAACAUGGAAUACGAGGUGGAUGAACUCAGAAGAGAGGCAGCUUUGACAAGGGCAUGUAUAGAUAAGGGCAUCUCGUUCACCGUUGUUCAUGAUACUUGCGUCGUCGAACCUGGAAAACUGUCCAGCGGCGCUGGCGGACAGAUGUCUGUUUACAGUCCGUGGCAUCGCAAGUGGUGCGCAUUUCUGAACCAGUAUCCGAAAGAACUGGAUUGUUUCCCCCUACCAGUUAGGAACCCACCUCAUGCUAGGCAGUCAUUCUUGGAACUGUUUGACUGCGACAUUCCGGACGCGCCAGAAUCAAAAUGUCUCUCUGAAGAGGAGAAGAAGCGAUUCCGCGCCCUGUGGCCAGCCGGUGAACGCGAGGCCCACGACAGGCUGAGCAGGUUCAUCCUCGAACGGGUGGGAGCUUACCACAAUACGAGAAAUACCCCGUCGGCGAGUGGGACAUCGAUUUUGAGUCCGCAUCUCGCAGCGGGAACAAUAGCAGCGCGCACCGUGGUUCGAGAAGCCCGGAGCGCCGCGCCCAAUCAAAAGUUGACUGAUGAUCGGAAACAAGGACAUUCGAUGUGGAUAGGUGAGGUCGCCUGGAGGGACUUCUACAAGCACGUGCUGUGCCAUUGGCCUUAUAUCUGCAUGAACAAACCGUUCAAACCCGAAUACAGCAACAUUGAGUGGGAGUAUGACCUCGACCAGUUCCAGAAGUGGACACAAGGCAGAACUGGUUUUCCCAUUGUCGAUGCUGCAAUGCGACAAGUAGCGCACAUGGCGUACAUGCACAACCGAUGCCGGAUGAUCGUCGCAUCAUUUCUGGCGAAAGACUUGCUGAUCGACUGGCGGAUGGGUGAGAAAUGGUUCAUGGAGCACCUCCUUGACGGCGACUUUGCCUCCAACAACGGCGGCUGGGGUUUCAGUGCCAGUUGCGGCGUCGACCCGCAGCCAUAUUUUCGCAUUUUCAAUCCCUUACUCCAAAGUGAAAAGUUUGACCCGCAUGGCGAGUACAUCCGGAAAUGGGUGCCCGAGCUUGCCGAGAUCAAAGACAGUAAAGGGAUCCAUGACCCGUACGGGCGCGGGUAUGAGAAGAUAGCAAAAAUGAAUGGAUAUCCGAGGCCGAUGGUUGACCACAAGACAUCGCGGGAUAGGGCGCUGGCCAGGUAUAAGCAAGGGAUAGGGAGGGAGACUGCAUGAGAUACAUGAGGUUGUGUGGACAGGGCCCGGUAGCUGUCGUGUUGUGCCUGCCUCGGAGAGAGCAGUUGGCUGUUUCCGCGCGUCUUGCAACCAUAUUCAGCGAGAUGUCUGAGCCAGUAAUUCCAGGUUACUAGGGGAGAGGAUCAACUGCUAAGUUGGAAU